UCAUUGAAUAAAAAUUAAAACGGAUAAAUUAUUUUACUAUUUUCAUAAAGAGUGACAUUUCAUUUCUGAAAGUUUUCCUAGAGGGCGAAGAUCGAUUUAUCCAUUGGUUGGUUUCAUCUUCAAUGCAAUGAAUGGGUGUUACAAUUUAAAUACUAAAGGGGAGGAACUAAUUUCUGCAAUAUACAAUAUUAUAAUCAUAAUGUAAUGAAAAGUAAGAACAACUGAUCUAUAUUUUGAAGAAAUCGAAGUGGACCAAAGUCUUCGGACAUGCUUACCGUACUGAAGAUAAUUUUAAGCAUUACAAUGUUUAUUUUGUGUUUAUAUGGAUCCAUGCGUUUUAUUGGAGAUGUUGAAACUAAUAAAUGCAAUAUGACGUAUAUGUUUAUGUAUCCUGAAUAUAUAAAAUUGCCAUUUACUUCAGAAGUGAAGAAAAAAUUUCCACAUUAUAAUUUAUAUGUUUAUGGAGAAGGGUUUUAUGUAAAUUCUUUAAGGCCUUUUUGUCGUAGACCCUAUCUAUGCACCUGUCUAGUUGUGGUACUGCCUAUAAGUGCAUUGACUUUGAAAAUAUGGAUAUAGGAAACUUACUUUCAG